CCUCCUGUGGAGCCACUGACACCAACUUAACCCAGCAGACUGCCCUGCACCGGGAUUGGGGUCAGGUGAGGGGAUAUCGGGAUGGGGCUGGGGCUGCGGCGGUGCUUCCAUGGGCUCAGCUCCGUUCUGGCAGCAUGGAGGUUCUCACGACCCAGCUCCUAUUCCAGGGCUCGUCCAGCUAUUUAAAGCUCACCAAGAGGGGAAAAGUGCUCUGAAAAUGCAGUUUCUGUGCACUAGAUGCCGUGCCAAAUAUUCUGUCUCUUUCAUAGGCGGAUAGCGAGGGAUCCCACGGCUUGUCGGGUUUGUUUUUUUGCCCACUUUCAGCCAUAUGUGCUCGGAAGCUACAAGGCCCUAUUAGGGAUUUGGAAAGUCAUCUAGCGGGUGAGCGAGCAGAGCUAGCCCUCCGAACCAAAAAAAAGCAGGAUGCAGGAUGCUUUCUCAUCCAGAAAAACAGCGCCGGCCAAAAUAAAGAAAGCACUUCUGCAGCGAAAAGCCUGAAAUGGGAAGCAGCAGCCUGCCUCGCCUGGGGAGAAGGGAAGAAACAGAGGCAAACAUCCCGCCCGUGACCAACACGCAACCACACUACAGGAAGCAGUAGCCUCCGGUGAUAAAUAGGAGCCCCGGCAGCACAGGAUGCGCGUGGGGUGAGCUCGGCGGGCCGAGGGGAUGUGAGGCAGUGUCCGUCCAUCCGUCCAGCCGGCGGGAUGGCCGCGGCCCUGCUGCUGCCGCUGUGGCUGCUGCUGCUGGUGACGGCGGUGGCACGGGGUGAGGACGCCGAGGUGCUCUGCGCCGACACCGCCUGCUACACGCUGCACCGGGCCGAGCUGGGAUGGGGCGCUGCACAAGAGCGCUGCCAGCACGACGGCGGCAACCUGGCUCCAGCAAGCAGCCGGGCCGAGGCCGAGCGACUUGAGCAGCUGCUGACAGCCAGCGCGGCCGCCUCGGCGUGGAUCGGGCUGCGGCUGGAGCGCGGCCACUGCGUGCAGUCCCAGGAGCCGCUGAGGGGCUUCGCCUGGGCGGCCGGCGGGGAGCCUGGCAACUACUCAGCCUGGCUGGCCGAGCCCCACGUCACCUGCCUCAGCACCCGCUGCGUCGCCCUGCGGCCCGCCGGCCCCCACGGGCCUCCAGGAUGGGUCGACCGGCCGUGCCGGGCCACGCUGCCCGCCUUCCUCUGCAAGUUCAGCUUCCGGGGGAUGUGCGGGCCCCUGCGGCUCGGGGGGCCCGGCCGGGUCAGCUACGAGACGCCCUUCAGGGUGCGCAGCCCAGCACUGGCAGCCGCCCCCUUUGGCACGCUGGCAGAGGUGGUCUGCGAGGGGGCUGCGAGCCCGGCCUUCUCCGUAUGCAAGGGGCAGCUGGAGGGGGACAGCUUUGCCUGGCAUCCUCCCGGGCCCCUCUGCCCCAACACCUGCACCUACAACAACGGGGGCUGCCAGCAGCUGUGCAUGGAGGCAUCUGGGCAGCCGUCUUACUGUACUUGCCAUCCUGGCUACGUGCUGGGCCCCGACAUGGCCUCCUGUCUGCCCGAGGAUGCCUGCCACCCCAACCCCUGCCAGGGGACCUGCCAGCCCCGGCCCGGAGGCUUCGAGUGCAUCUGCGAGGCUGGCUACAUCCUGGCACCUGAUGGCCUCCACUGCGUGGAUGUGGAUGAGUGCCUGGAGGAGCCCUGCAAGCACGAGUGCCACAACACGGCCGGCAGCUUCUACUGCUCCUGCCAGCCCGGCUACCAGACAGCAGGGCCUGAUGGCCGCGACUGCCGCGAUGAGGAUGAGUGCGCCCGGCCCAAUGCCUGCCCCCAGCUCUGCCUCAACAUCCCCGGCUCCUUCCGCUGCACCUGCAAGGCCGGCUACCAGCAGCAGCCUGGCAGCGAUGCCUGCCUGGACGUGGACGAGUGCCUGCGAGACCCCUGUCUCGGGUCCUGCCACAAUUUCCCCGGCAGCUUCAAGUGCAUCUGCCCGCCUGGCUUCCUCCUGCAGGAUGAUGGACACAGCUGCCUCGCUGCACCCACCACAGGAGAGCAGCUGGCAGGCACCGUGGGGACCACCGCCAUCCUCCAGAGCACCAGCACCGCGUGGACCGUGGGCACCCCCAGCCCUGCAGCCAUUCCUGGUGGGUUGACACCACCAGCCCCCACGGUGGUGGUGUCGGAGCACAGCCCCGAGCAUGGCGCUGAUGGCCCCCGGCUGCUCCUCUACUACAUCCUGGGCAGCCUGGUGGCCAUCCUGCUGCUGCUGGCCUUUGCCCUGGCCUUGGUGGCCUGCAGAAAGAGGGCGGCUAGGCAGGAAAAACCAAAAGCCAAAAGCGCGGCGGACAACUACUGCUGGGUGCCCGAGCAGCCUGAGAGCCGCAGCAGGGCAGGCAGUGAGCGCAGGUAACGGUGCCCACGCUGCGGGGCUGCAAGCAAAGGAAAUCCAAAGUGAAGUGGGGUGGGCGAUGUUCUUUCCGAGAUGAUUUUGCAUGCCUUCGUGUCUGAGAGCCUGUCUUGGAGCUUUGGGCAAAGCAGGAUCCGGUCCCAACCCCAAGGCAGGUGCAAGUGUUGGGUGAGCAGAUAUGAAGGCAGCCCAAAUCAUGCUGGGAGUGUUAGCUGAAAUGUGUAAACCUCAGCUUCCCAAAGUGAAGGGUUAAUGGGGAAGGAGCAGAGAGCCUGAGAUGGAAUGGUGUAGGGGUUCCCUGCCUGCAUUGCUCCUCAGCUCUGCAAAACCUCACAGGACUUGGAAAUUGCAGCCAAGGAGAAUACUGAUUUGGCUUCCUAAGAGAAAACUAUUAAUCUCAUCUGUCAUUCGGUCUCCCCUUCUCAGAUUUAAAUUGUGGAGCUUCCAAAGCAGCAAUUUCCCUGCUCCCCCACCACCAAUCCCUUGUCAUUCAAAAAAAUAUAUAUGCUUAUGACUGCAUCCCUCUCCUUACCUACACUGCAUUCUGCAGUCUGCCGUUCAACCCCCAUGUUCCUCUUGUUCUCAGUGAAACAGGGUUCACAUUUUGAAGUGUUUCACUGUGGCAAGAGCCAUUAGCUGCAGCCACAAGCAGCUGGUUUUCACUGUUGAUAUUUUUGUUGUUGUUGCUUUUUAGAAGUUGUCAUUACAGAAGCCGUAGAAUAAGCAUUUUAGAAGCCCAGCAGCAGAAAGACCCUCCAGCGAAGCAGGAGCUGUAGGGGUGGUGGGGCUUCAGGACUGUUUGAGUUAAGCAUGCGUGGGGUCUGGGCUGAAUGUUUUCUCCAUCCAUCCCUGUAAGCAAUGUACUGGAUGUUGUGUGUUCACUAACUACUGUAUAAAACCUCUAAACACCCUUCAAAGCAAAUGCUCUCUCAGGGCGAAGUUUCUCCCCCAUCUCAGGCUCGGUCCUGCAAAGAAGAGGGAAGACACAUCUCCCUCUGGAUUUGUACCGCUGGGAAGCAGCAAGAGAUGGAGCUGCUGGCUGACAGAGAAAUGGGAGCACCCCCAGCAGUGCUGCAUCCUGAUUGUCCCAAUGCAGGCAAGCACCCUUCACCCUAGCAGCAGGGAGGCAGCUCACGGCCUGCAUUCAUUUGAAGGGUACAUCGGUUUCCUGAAGAUUCUGCUGUUUUUAUUGUAUACUUGAGGCUUAAUUGCAACAGAAAUGGGAACUGAACACAAAGGAUUUUGCUGCGGGCACUGACCUGCAUCCUGUUCUUCCGCAUGUGGAAGAAACCCCUUUCCUGCUGUUCUUUCUUCUUCAUUCCUCCAUUGUAAAACAAAACAAAACAGGAAAGUGUAGCUCCUAGCUGAUAGAAAUGUUUUUUUAAUGUUCUGCUCGUGCUUCCUUUUCUCCACGCAGUGGUUUGGAGCAGCAGCAAAUGCAGCAGUGGCGUUCUUGGAAGUCCUGCAGAAAAUUCAUAGCGUGUCUUUGUUAUGACAGCAAGCCAGCAGAGCUUUCUGAAUACAUGAAUAAAUUAAGCAGAUGAAUAAUCCCACCCAAAUCAGUGGGAUAACCUACAUACAGAGCACAAAGCCUGCAUGGUCGGUCUGCACUAACUCAGGGUCUGCAUGGGGAAGGAGCAGUCACAGUGAUGUGCCCCCCAGUUCAGGGCUGCUGGGUUUGCUGCAUCAAAAGCCGAGGUGUUUUCAAAACAGUAAUAGUCUCGGGAGCUUUUCUGCCAUGCUUUUCCUAUUAUGGUAUCAUUUAACUGUUCUACACACAGCAUCGACUCCACUCUGAGAAAGGGAAAAAGAAGCGUAAGCGCAGACUCAGAGCAGGCAAAAACCUGGGAGUUGUUCAUUCCCAAAACCCCUCUGUAAAAACUGUAAUCUUGACUUGUGUUGCCCAGUUGGUGUGUUCUGGUGUACAUACUGCAUCACCAGUGCAGCAGAUCCUAUGGCAGGCAGGCACUAAUAUGUGCUUAGGUUCAGUGUGGCUCUUCCAAGCAGAGUAUUUCCUGAUGUUGCUCCCUCCAAUCUGGUGCUGUUCCACUUGGAUAAUCCCAUCUCCCUUUCUUUCCACCAUGAAAGCAGCAGGAACGUUUCAGUGUGUGUCCUCAUCGGUUAUCCAGAGCCCAGGGUGAAAACCUUGGGCUAAAGCAAAUAGAAUGGGAUCAGACAGCUCAGGCUUACAGUCAGGAGAGAGGGAAUCUCUUCGUCGCUCCAUCUGCACACACCGAGCAGGUCCCAUAACCAUCUCACUGUCAGGAUGGCAGGACUGGCCAGCCAACGCAUCCCCAAUGUUUUGAAGUGUUUUUUCAACUGUUUAUUGUUUGGUUUUUAUGGUCCAAGAAUCCAGGCAUACCUCACUUUAUGUAAAAACUGCAUGUCAGUACUGAGUUGUGCUUUGUGAUGCCCAGAGCAGUGGCACAGCACCACAGCUGUUGGCUGCCUUCGACUGAAAGAAGAAAGUUCUCACAUGCUGAACAGCACUGUACGUUGCUUUUCUGAUCAAACACCAAUAAAAUCUAAUGGAACACGUC